UCACCAAAUGUCACAGUUCUCAUCCCAGUUUAGCCUCGAAAGACCUCCUCAAAGUUCAGAGUCAUCACAAGAAACAUGGAGGGACCUAUUGUCGGUACAAGAUUGAUUCCUUUCAGAUGUGAAGUUGAUUCAGUGCGGAGUUGGUUGAUGGAUAUCAGAUUAAUGCCAGAAGAAGAAUGUAUGACUGUCAUGGAGGCCAAACCAAUCCACAAUUCACCGGUGAAUGUGGAAAAUUUAGCCGCAAAGCUGAAAGAAUGUGUCUACAGACUAGAAAGAGUUAAAGAUGGCCUAUUUGCAGAUCUUUCACAGAUUUACAGAGAUCAGAAGGAUGGCAUCACAGAAAGUCUUCGGCCAUCGAUACUCUCUCUCAAAAUCAGGAUUCGAUCCGGUCUUCUGGAAGUCGCAGAAGUAUGCCCAGAACUCCAAAACAUUGCACAGGAGCAGCAAGGAAUCAUUGAUGAGAUGAAGAACUUGAUCAGAUGCUUUGAUAUGUGUUUAGAUUUAAGUGACCAAUCAGUUGGGAUGUUUAAACGAUCUCUAACGACUCUAGGCAAAGCUCUUAAGGCACAUCUAACAUGUGCUCAAGGAUCUCUGGUUGGGAAACUUGUAGAAAUGUUACAAUCUUCAGCCAGCGAACCCAACGUCAAGUUUGCAGUCUUCACCAUCCGUUGCCUGGCUCAAGAUGGCGUCUGGCUACGGCAGUUGCUGAUAGAACAGGACACCAUGAGAGUGCUGUUGGCCAUUUGUCGUAUCACAACAUUCUCUAUCAGCAGUAUCCCGAUUACAGCUCUCGAGGUGGUGUCCAUUCUUUGUACAGAAAAGAAAGGGAGUGAUGAACUUGAAAAGGUAGGAGGGAUCGGGGCGCUGAGUGAAAUCCUUGCCUCACCUAUCACGUCGGAGGCUAUCAAAAAGGAAGCUGCAUCCGUCCUUGCCGAGAUCGCCUCACCCGAUUCUGACAUCCUUCAACGCGUCCUCUGCUUCAUUGAACACAUGGGAGAUCUACUCAGAAACUUGACAGUCUUGUGUGACCAGACCUCAAGUUCUAGUGUAUUUUUGGUGGCAACAACUGCAAUAGCGAACAUCACAUUUAUGGACCCCAUGGCCUCGGAUUACUUGGCCGAGUUUCGAACUCCAGAAAUCUUGAUAGAAGGCUAUCAGCAAGGAAAAGCACAAAGCAUCUACAGCAAACACCAGAUCAUCACCAUCAUUGCCAACGUCUCCUGUUCCAAGACAUGCCGGGAACAGAUAGUUUCAUGCGGCGGCAUUAGCAUCCUUGCGGAACUCCUCCAGGGCGAAUCCCUACGUCCCCUCCGCCGUAGGCUAAGCUUUAACGAGAGUCAACCGGUGGCCGCCCCGAUCGGGGAGGAAAACACGUAUGAGGAUAUCUUUCACAAGUCGGCGAUUGCUCUGAGUAGGCUCUGCCAGGACCACAAGACUUGCCAGAUUGCUGUCGAUUUAAAAGUUCUGUCCAAUCUCGCCGACUUAUGCGAUAAGGCAAGAGAGAAAAACUACAGACGUGACACGCUAAUUGCCUGUUUGACCGCCUUGAGGAGAAUACACAGCCAGAUCGGUCCGUCACCAUUGAAAGGGGCUGAAGUAGAGCAACUCAUCCAGCCUCGACUUUUUGAAUCGUAUCUCCGGUGUUCUAGUCCUGUGAAGAGGGAAACCUUUGUUUGAUCAUUGACCUUCGACCUGUGACCUUGUGAUGAAGAUAUCUUUCUAAAACCUCACACUGCAAAAAACUGCAGUGUUAAUUUAACACCAGUCCGGAAUCUAUAUAUGACCACACCAGAGAAGUGUUGAAA